AUGGGAAAGUCCUCAAAGGAUAAGCGUGAUGCUUAUUACAGACUCGCGAAAGAACAAGGAUGGAGAGCUCGAAGUGCUUUCAAAUUAUUACAACUUGAUGAAGGCAUUAAACCCCGCUAUAGACUCGUUGUGUGCAAAUUCGAUCUCUUCUCCGACGUCACUCGAGUUGUUGAUCUUUGCGCGGCUCCAGGAAGUUGGUCUCAGGUUCUAUCUCGAGUCUUAAUCAAAGGAGAAAAGUUCGGUCGAGCAGCAUGGGAAGACAAGGAGGCAAGAAUGCGACAAAAUAUCCUUGGAAUUACACAACCUAUAGUAGAAGAGACGCAGAAGUCAGAUCAGGCCGAAUUGAAACCAAAAAAGGAUGUCAAAAUUGUGGCCAUCGAUUUGCAACCCAUGAGUCCUUUACAAGGAAUUAUAACACUUCGAGCAGAUAUUACACAUCCGGCGACAGUUCCAUUACUUCUAAGUGCUCUCGAUUCGUCUUAUGAUCCAAAAUCCCUCUCUCAACAAGCGUCCAACCCCGUGGACCUCGUUAUUAGCGAUGGUGCUCCUGAUGUUACGGGUCUUCAUGAUCUAGACAUAUACGUUCAAUCACAAUUGCUUUUCGCGGCUUUGAAUCUUGCCCUUUGUGUCCUUCGUCCAGGUGGAAACUUUGUAGCUAAGAUUUUUCGAGGCAGGAAUGUUGAUCUUCUUUUCGCACAAUUGAAGAUAUUCUUUGAGCGAGUGGUUGUCUCAAAACCAAGAUCAAGUCGUGCAAGCAGUGUAGAAGCUUUCAUUGUCUGUCUAAAUUUUCAACCUCCGGAAGGAUUUAAAGCUAGUAUGGAAGAUCCAAUGGGUGUUGGGGAUGGAUCAUCCAAAGUGGUCGAUACAGCUGUUAGCAAAGAGCCAAUAGUUUCACCUGUUCAUUUACAAAAUUCCGAAGACGGGACUUGGUCAGAAAGUCGAGUCGAGACAUCGAUACGAAGAGAAGAUGGAAUUUGGGAAGUCAAACUUCCUACGGAUGAAGCUAAAUAUAGAAAAUCAGGAAGAUGGAUAGCUCCAUUUUUGGCAUGUGGAGAUUUGUCUGGUUAUGAUGCUGAUGCUUCAUAUCAUUUGCCAAAGGAUCGAAUUACACUUGAUCCAGUACAACCUCCAACAGCACCUCCAUACAAGAGAGCUCUUGAAAUGAGGAAAGCUGCUGGUGGGGCAUAUGGAAAAACUACGACGGGCAGACAUGAUCGGGAAUCAUGA